AUGACUGUCCAAUUCGCGAAUUAUCGUCUGGGAUUUUAUGUCGCAGUGUUCCUUCUAUCUGGGACCGUUCUCGGUUUGGCUGCACAUUUUGCGGCAGUCUUUCUACCAGGACUUCACCAUGAUUUCACGAUCUUCGCUCUUAUCGUCUCAUCUUUAACGAUACUUGCGUUUCUAUUCACUUUACAAUGGGCACAACCCCGUAUCGAAGUGCCAGUGUUAUUUGUUUUAGGUGUUCUAUGGCUCGCUAUGGGUGCUUGGACUACCGACGUAGUAGGCAACAGACAGUGCGACGCUAUUGAUGGGGCAACACGGGAGGGAAAUAUUUCUGCAAGGCAAUACUGCUACGAAACCAAAGUUAUACAAGCGUUCUCUUGGUUCCUUUUUUCACUCUUCGUUAUCGCAUUCACAAUCCUUCUCAACCUCAUCUCCCAAGCCCAACGUCUUGGACGGUACAAUAUCUGGCGUGAGCCGAUUCAGGAGCUGGGAUGGUUCGGAGAGUGGCCCGGAUAUUACAACACUCACCAACCACAACAUUACCAAGGCGGUAUCCCCUACGGUAUGCCGAUGCAGAUGGCGCCUGGCCAACCAGGCCAGACUAUCAUCGUCCAGCCCGGCAUGAACGGAGCUCCAGCCACAGUCCAACAGAUCCCGAUGAGCACCGUAUAG